CUGCCCCUGCCUGUUCUCAGCCGGCUCAGGUGCACCGACAGGCCUCUGUACCCUUUCCAUUAACCUUAACCUUAGGUUCUCUUGCCUUCCUCUUUUCCCUCUGUCUGCCAGAGCUUCUCCUUCUCUCCUGGAUAAGGAAGCGGGUUGGCCUACAGGUGCAUAAAGUGCAGGCAGCUGCUCUCCUGGCCCUGUCCUGCCCUGCCUGGAGGGACACCAUUCCGAGGUGAUGGCUGGAGGAAACGAGCGGAGCAUGAAGGCCCUGAAGGAAGUGUGGAAAAGAGCAGAGAACUCUUUGUGUGCGGACUGCGGGAAGCCAGAUCCUGACUGGGCAUCCUCUACUUUGGGUGUCUUUAUAUGUCUCAGCUGUUCAGGAAUUCACCGCAACAUCCCUAGCAUCAGCAAAGUCAAAUCCCUGAAGAUGGACUACUGGGAUGAUGCUCAGGUGCAGUUUUUGGCCAAGCAUGGGAAUGCUGUGACUAAAGCCAUAUAUGAAGCUCACAUCCCUAUUUACUAUUACCAGCCAACCUUCAAUGACUGCCAAGUGCUGAGAGAACAGUGGAUACGGGCCAAAUAUGAACGCAAAGAAUUUACUGAGCCGGGAAAACAGCUGCCAUAUUCUGAUGGGGUGAAGGAAGGCAUCCUUUGGAAGCGAGGUCGAGACAACGGGCAGUUUCUACCCCGCAAGUUCCUCUUGUCUGAGAGAGAGGGAUGUCUGAAGUAUUUCACCAAGCAGGAUGGCAAAGAACCCAAAAUCAAUGUUAAAAUAGAUGUCAUCAAUGCUACAUUCCAGCCAGAGAAGAUUGGGAAUCCCAAUGGCCUGCAGAUCACCUAUCUCAAAGACAAUAAGACCAGGAAUAUAUUUGUCUACCAUGAAAGUGGAAAGGAGGUAGUGGACUGGUUCAACGCCAUCCGCUCUGUGCAGUUCCAUUACCUGAAGGUGGCAUUUCCCAUUGCCAGCGAUAAUGAGAUUAAAAAUCGUUUGACGAGAAACUUCUUGAAGGAGGGGUACAUGGAGAAGACCGGUCCCAAGCAGAGGGAGGCUUUCAAGAAGCGCUGGUUCACGCUGGAUCACCGCAGGCUCAUGUACUUCAAGGAUCCUUUGGACGCCUUUGCUAAGGGUGAAGUAUUUGUGGGCAGUGGAGAGAAUGGAUAUAGUGUCCAGAAGGGAUUGCCUUCAGGGACACAGGGCAACUUCUCUUGGCACUAUGGCAUCACCAUUGUCACCCCUGACCGGGAAUACCUCUUCACCUGUGAGACAGAGACUGACCAGCUGGAGUGGAUCAGAGCCUUCACUAGUGUCAUCAACCAGGCCAUGACACCACAGGAAUAUGCAAUUGAAGCCUACUUCAAGUUUAAGUCCUAGGAAGCCAUGCAGGAAUCUCACUAUGACUCAACUCUACCUGGUCCUAUUGGGUUGCUGUCAGGACAGGAGAGGAGAUUGACAUCAGAGAAACACAGUGCUCUUGGAGCACCCUUUGAAGCACUUUUGCCCCCAUAUAAUAUCCACUUUGUUUUGAGGGCCCGAUUAAGCUGCUUCUUUUCAAGGCAAGAUUUUGUGCAUCUGAAUCCUCAGUACAGCCUGUCCCUGUUAAAUUGCUGUGAUCUGACUGCAUGUUGACAGGUCUUGCCUGUCAGUCAGGCCUUGAAAACUUUGGCACUUACUGUCUUGGGCGUGGGACCUAGCAUCACUCCUGCAUGAAACUGCAGACAGCCAACUACCUGAUGCAAGAAAACUGGCUGGAGCCAGGCACCCCAGCUGGUUACAGGGGCUGCUGGACUAAAAGAGACUGUUCCUUUACAAGAAAUAUCAUACCUGCUGGUGACAGAGAUGUGAAACAUCUAGAUAUUUGAUCAGGUAGUGCAGUGGUUGAGAAAGGUCACUUAAAAGAUGUAACCUAACAGCCAAAUCUGAGGCCUGUUUCUUUCUGCCAUGUAUGGGCUUGAAAGCUUCUUCAGAUGACGUUUGUGUGCAGACCUUUCACCAAAUGCUUCAGAGAAGAUUAAGAGAUCGUCUCAAAAAUAAUGUGAAUAUACAUUUGGGUAUGUGUAUACAUUAUAUACACACAUAACAAAAAGUGAUGGAGGUGAAAUGCUGCCCUAGGGAAAAUACCCUGAGGUGUAUUCAUGCCACUGAAGAUCAGCUGCCAGACUUGUUAAAAUGGUGAGGGGUUGGGUCUUGCAAGGAGAA